UGGCCUUGUUGUUGUGCACAGAAUAAAUGUGCCUCAGCUCAGACCCUCCUCAGUCAGUUUGAGUCAGUCAGUUAGUCACAUGCUCAAUCAAAGAUAAUAUUUUUAUUUUCUUUUCUAUAGAUUCCUACCACCACAUGCCGGUAGAAGAAGUCUUUAGAUUCAGAACCCACACUCACUCACUCCCAUCUCUAUCUCUCCCCACAUGAUCUACUCUUUUUAUUUUCUUUUUCUCUAAUUUCUAAUUGAUUUUUCCUCGUCUGGUUACGUUGAAAUGCCAGAAGAUAUGGUUCACAGGGAUGUUUUUGUUCUCUGAAACUACCCAAAAGAAGAAGCAUCUUUCAUUUUUCUUAUUAAUAACAAAACCCCAGACCGAAAAUUCGUUCGUUCUUUCUUUCUUGGGGUCUGUUCUAUAACUAAUAAUAAUUUCUUUCUGCUUCAGAGAUAUUCAUCAUGAUGUUGUUUGGAAUUGGAAUAUUGGGUUUGUGGUGGUCAUGAUCAUUGCCGUUAUGUGGAUAAAGGGGUUUGGCAGGAAGAACUGAAAACAGAAAAAUAAUUCUCAAAAACACUGUAAUGGAGCUGUAGUGUGAUCUGGGUUUUGCUUAAAACUAAAGAAUUCGUUGGCAAAAAUACAAUCUUUUUUUGGAUACUGAAGAGAGAAAGAAGAAAGAAGUGGUAAUGUCUGCGAAACUGCUUCAGGCCCUAACAGAAGAUAGCUCAGAUCUGCAGAAACAAAUUGGGUGUAUGACUGGGAUUUUUCAGAUUUUUGAUCGUCAAAAUUCACUAGUUACAGCAAGAAGAAUUACGAAUCAUAGUCACAACAAUAGAAUCCUUACAGAUCAUUCCCACCUCAACAAUGGCAACCGUGGUGGCGAUACAGACAAUGGAAGGUAUUUUAGCAGUAGUGUCACUGAGAGACAAAGAGUUCCAGCUGAGUCAUCGAGAACCUCUAUCUCAUCUUCCUCCAGUUCAUCCUCUUUGUCUUCGGUCAAUUGUAAGAAUGUAGUGCGAACAGAAAUUCCUCGACAGGGAAACAGUUUUUCAGAAAUGUCCUCAAAGCAACUGCGGAAUGCCCAACAAAAUGCGUCUCCUCAAUUACGGCAGCCACCACUUGAUUUCAGAGAUGCGGUGAAAGAUUCAAUCUACAAAGAAGCUUGUGGCACACCAGCUAAAACUAUGACCAAAGAGGAAUCGGUGAACCGUGUUGGGAAGCAUAGAAACGCUAUUAGGCCAUUUCAACUCUCAGAAUCGGUGGAUGGAUCUUAUAAAGUAGGAAAUUAUGGGAUGUCAGGAGUGCCAGCUGAUUUCAGUGAGUCGCUCAGACUUCUUAGUAGACUCCGAGAAGAGCAUGGAAGUAUUAACGAUACUAAAGAACCACCAAGAUCGUCGUAUGAAGGGAGACAUGGGUCUUCAUUUGUAGUUCCAAGGGAUGCUCCUCGUUUCUCCUAUGAUGGGCAGGAAAUGUCUCAUACAACUUUUGAAUCACGGGGCAGCCUCAAGUCCAAUACAAAGUUCAAAGAGCACCCAAGGAUGUCUUUAGAUAGCAGUGAAUGUUCAAUGAAGAGAACAAAUUCUGCUCCACAUUCAAAUUCAAAUUCAAAUUUGAUGGAUUUGCAGAGGGAUAGCGGCACAUCUCAGAUCGCUGAAAGACCACUACAAGAAGCAGGAGUGCACGUGAAGCAACAUUCUAAUGUGGUGGCAAAGCUGAUGGGUCUAGAAUUGAUGCCCACUUCCCAAAUAGCUACUGAGAGUCGGUGGUCGGCUAAAGCAUACCCAAACAGAGAUAUUGAUUCUUUCUCAAGACCAUCUGAAUGCAGACCCCCCAGUUCGCCAAGGAGCUUGUUUAAGGAACCCACCUCACCACGAUCUAAAAAUUCGAAUUUAAUCAUGAAACCCAUUUCGAGUUCACCGUUUCCAAUUGAACCUGCUCCUUGGAGGCAGCUAGAUGGUACUCGUGGUGUUCAAAGACCAGCAGGGAGGAACCAUGGAAACCCCACUAGCUCAUCACUUACUUCUCCUUCUGUUUAUGGGAACAUUGAGAGAAGGUUAAGAGAACUUGAAUAUAAGCAACUGGAUGGUGAUCUCAGAACUCUCGAGCAUAUGUUGGACACAAUGCAGGAAAAUGAGCUAUAUGAAAUCCAAAGAGAGGAGGACCAAGCAUCGAACUUUGAGUUAGAGAUCAACUAUAACAAACAGAACCGUUCUGACAUUGAUCAGAGCUUUAGGUUGAUAAAUAGGAGAAACCCUGAGAAUAGCCGUCCAGUUGCUGCAACUUCCAGGCCUUCUAGUCCAUCUGAAUCGCCAAUUGUAAUCAUGAAACCAGCAAAAAGUGCUCGUACCUUGGUCAAUAAAGUCAAUGGCAUCUCAACUGCUCAAAAGCUUGUGAAUGGUGAUUCUGCAGAUUGCAGGAAAGGGGCAGUUAAUGGCCGAGUAGCUAAGAACCUGCGCCCAAAAGUCAGUCAGCCUGUUCGAAGGAGAGACUCUGACAAUGGUAAGAAAGCCAAUGCCAUGAACUCAAAUUCAGCAAAAACUUCAACCAGGUCUCAGCAGCUACCAAGGGAGAAGACAUUAAGCUCCACUAGGAGCUCAGGAUCUGCAAGUCCAAAAAUAUAUCAAAAGAGACCUCAACCGGAGAGACAAGCUCGUCCUCCCGUCCCUUCACCAGAUUUGAGCACAACUAAAAAGCAAUCUGUCAGAAAGUCAGGUUCUUCAAGUGGAAAGCGCAGAACAAAAUCUCCGAAUAUGCAGCAAAAGGAUGACAAUACAAGUAAAAUCAGUAAUGAAACAAAAAGUUUGAGUUAUCAAGGAGAUGAAGUUUCUCUCUGUUCAGAUAGCAACUUUAGCUCGGCAUCGCAGAUGGAUGUAGAAGUAACAAGUGCUGAUAGAUCAGGUGAAAUGAGCAGCAUGUUCAUCCAACAAGAUAGUUUGAGCCCAUCGGCAAAAGUUCCUAGCAAGUUCAGUUCUCCAGUAGAACAGAAAAAACAGUCGUACAUGCUGAGUGAGGAUGCUCAGCAGGCAGAAUUGAUGGCAGCUACCCCUGAACAACCGAGUCCUGUUUCUGUUCUUGAUGCCUCAUUCUACAGAGAUGAUUUAUCUUCACCUGAUGAAAAGACACAAAACCCUGAUGAAUAUCCUGUCGAAGAACAGAAUCCAACUGAUCUUGAUCAUUUGCAUCGUGGUCGAAAGAAACUAGAAAACGUUGAGCACCUGGUUCAGAAGCUUAGACGGCUAAACUCAACUCAUGACGAAUCCAAAACAGAUUAUAUUGCAUCACUGUGUGAGAACAGUAACCCAGAUCAUAGAUACGUUUCAGAGAUAUUAUUGGCAUCCGGCUUGCUACUAGGAGACCUUGAAUCCGGCUUGAUGUCCCUUCAACCCCACCCAUCAGGCCAUCCAAUCAAUCCAGAUUUGUUCUAUGUGCUGGAGCAAACUAAGACCAGCAACAAUUAUCUCACUGGAACAGAGAAGAGCUGCGAAGAAGAUGCAGUGGCUUUAAAUGCUCAUCAGCAAGAGAAAUUACGUAGGAAGCUCGUAUUCGAUUCCGUGAAUGAAAUUCUGGAGCAUAAACUGGAUUCUGUGGGUCCUUUAUUGAACCCAUGGCUCCAAAGCAAUAAGCUUGCAGGGAGAACUCUAAAUGCUCAACAGCUUCUUAGAGACUUGUGUUCAGAGAUAGAAAAGCUUGUUCAAGGGAGUGAAAACUCAGCAUGCAACUUUGAUGGUGACGAUUUUCUGAAAAACAUCUUAUUCAAGGAUGUUGUCAGUGUUUCACAAAAGUGGGCAGUCUCAAAUGGUGAGGUUUCAGGAGUAGUAUUAGACGUAGAAAAGUUGAUGUUUAAGGAUUUAAUUGAUGAGAUUGUUAACGGCGAGAUCAUUGCAAGACAGAGUAGACGAUGCAGACAACUUUUCGCCAUGUAAGUUUAAAAAGUAAAAGUCUUUUCUUUUCAUUUCCUUUUGGUAGUUGUUAUUUUUUUCUCCCAUUGUAACAAUAAUAACUUAAUGAUUCAAGUUAGGAUGAGUUGUAGAUAAAUCUCACUUUUGAGAGAGUACCAGCCUUGUAAGGAUAUUAAUCAAUACAUGUAAUACCCAUCUUUGUGUAACUGUUAGCUGUGAAUUUUAGCUGCAAAAGAUUGUCAUUCCCUAUUUUGUGCAACUGUAACUGCUCAAGAGAAUUCAUAUAUCAAUAUUUUUAUAUUUUUCCUUUACUAA